AUGGCGCUUCUGAGGCAGACCUACAUAUACUAUCAGCUUCAAUCUUUAGAUCCCUCGCUCUCAUCGGCUGAGAUUGUGCGUCAGGCCACAUGGAUGCAGACGGCUCUGACGGCCAUGGUGGCGCUUGUCAGCUUGCCCACGAGCCGGGUCGCCGACUCUCCACGAGUUGGCCGCAAGGGCGUCCUGCUGAUGAGCAUGGCCGUCCUUGGCACGAGCACCCUCUGCUUUGGCUUCAUACGCAGCUUCGCGCAGGCUAUGGUUCUCCGCAUCAUCGAAGGCACGUUCAGCGGCGGGACGCUCGUUGUACGCACCAUGAUCCCAGAGAUCGUGCCUGGCAAGCGACAUCGCGUCAAGGCAUUUCUUCUGCUGCCUCUGGCCUUUAACAUUGGCGCCCUAGCCGGCCCUCCGCUUGCCGGGCUCUUGGUCGCGUAUGCCCAAAGCCAUGCCGCGACUAACGACUUCUUGGGUCGUUGGACGUAUGCACCGCCCAUGCUGAUGGCGAGUGGGAUAAUCUACGGAGCCUUUUUGGCAGUCUUCUUCUUGUUGGAAGAGACAUUGCCUGCCCUUAGAGACCAACCUGACAUCGGGAUCCGCAUCAAGAAGGCUGUAAUGAGGCUUUGGCGGCGCUACAGGUCUCGUGGAGAAUUCAAGUUUGGCUACGAGCCCGCUAACACGCGGGACUCAGAGGAUACUCAGGACUCAGAUCCUCUUUUGUCGCCACAGGCCGAUGACGAGGCUCAACGUAGCAAACGCGAGCCCAUGCCUGCCCCCGCGGGUAGCAAGUUGCCUCUAAGAAAAGCUCUUACGGCCAACGUUCUUCUCGCGACCAGUUGCCAGGCGAUGCUUGACGGCCUCACCGCUGGUUACAACACCCUUUGGCCUUUGUUUCUCAGUGAUCCCCCCGCGUCCGCCGUCGUGAAGGGAGAAGAGAACUCCUCGUCCCCGCUGCGGUUCUCCGGCGGCGCCGGUCUCCAGCCUUACCAGAUCGCCCUGACCCUUACAAUCCUGGCUGUCACCGCGCUUCCACUGCAGAUUUGGGUAUACCCGCGUGUCAGCUACAAACUGAAGCCGAUCGGCACCCUGCGGUGCUUCCUGUGGUGCCCGGCUCUAGCCUUUGCUCUCUCUCCUCUCAUCGCCGUCACCGUCAAGUUUCCUAUUCUCAUGUGGCUUGUCAUCGCCGUUGUCCAGCUGCUCAUGGUCUUGACUUCGGCCAUGGUGGUGCCUUCAGCGACCUUGAUGACCAACAAUUCUGCCCCAAGCCCGGCUGCCCUGGCCGCAACCCACGGCUUGGCCAUGACCCUGUCUGCAGUGGCGCGAACGAUAGGCCCAUUCGCAGUCGGUUACGUCUACGCAGCCAGCCAGGCCAGUCGCAACGGGGGUCUCGCGUGGUGGCUGAUGGCCGGCACGGCCACCUGUAUCGCUGUCAUAAGCUGGUUUGUCAAGGAUGGGACCGAGGAGGACACUACUGCUACGCCGGUGCAGGUCGUCGCGCAUGUAGUAAGCACGAAGCCCGUCGGUAAAGCGAUGGGUUGA